AUGGAUGCAACCAAUCAUAACGUCCACUGGAGCGCUAAGCGCUUACCCACUUCGAACCGCCAAAGUAACGUGAGAGGGAGAGCCAAAGCCAAAGCCAAAGGAGGCCGCAGUAAGAAGGAUCAGAAAGGGAAUGAUGAUGCUCCCGUUAAGAACACCUCCCAACUCCCAGUAUCCCAGUCUUCGUCUCUGAACUCGACCUCGCAUCGGUCGUCUACAGAGCAGUCGCCACGCUUUGAAUCCCCCCAGAGCAAUCCGGCUGGUCGUCCACACAGCCUGAGGCACGGUGCUGCCCGUGGAACACGAAGUUCCCAGUCGCGGGUGAUCCUGUCCGCCUUUGAAUGGGCCGCGCUGGAAAUCGAGAGCCAAAAGAGCCCCAAGGGAACAUCCCUAGCCACCGGAAACGGUAAUCCAGACCAGCAACCCCAAACGGGCGUUGCACCCCCCAGAGCUCUCAAACUGAAAAUGUCACGGAAUCGUCCCAGGGGACCUCCCGUGCCUAGGGAUAAUGGCCUUGCCGCCAAUGAGGAGACUGACAUGUGGAACAAAAUCCUUCAGGAUUUGCGUAAGGCAAAGGAGAAAAAUGACAAGCAGAAAUCACUUGCUGAGCAGAUAGCCACGCUGAAUGAGAAGAUUGGUAAAGAGGGCGGGAAACCCGGCCUCAGCGAGCAUAACCAGCUGGAUAGCCUCUAUCGACAAAUGGCUAAGCUAUGUGAAGAGGAAAGAGCCAUCCUUCAAGAUGAACCAAGCGAUGUGAUCAAAAACUUGGGCCUCCUGACGGCGCUCCGCCAAGCAUCAGAAGCGGAAGCCCCAAUGAGUCGCACGGGGUCGCUAUCUAAAUCGCGAAAGAAGCGAAAUGAGAUGGAUGGAUCCGCUACCGAUUCUCCGGGGCCCUCAGGUCCUUCUUUUGCAGAUAAAGGAGGGCGCUCGAAAGGUGGCGCCCAGCGCAGCACCAGCGUAUCAAGUACGCAAGUUCGAGAGGGUCGUGAAGUGCGCGAUAAUUCACAGGUUAAACUUGAAGAGGGGGUAGAGAUUACGAAAGGGACACUCGCGGAGCGCAAUGGACAGCUUGCAGUGGGAGCUGAAGUUGUUUUCAAGCACAAUAAAAACAAACAGGGUGUGGAAGGAGAGGGGAUCCAGUGCAUUAUCAAAGGAAUUUCAGGUGAGGGCCUAAAGAAACGGUACGAUGUCCAGGACCCAGAACCCAACGAAAAUGGCGAACAGGGGGCAGUUUACAAGACCACCGCCGCGUCCUUGAUUCCAAUACCUCGAAUGGGAUCUACCUUACCGUCAUUCGCAGUAGGGAAACAAGUCCUAGCGCGAUACCCUGACACAACUACCUUUUACCGCGCAGAGGUCAUGGGGUUAAAAAAGGACGCCUACCGCCUCAAAUUCGAAGGCGAAGAAGAUGAUAAAGAGAUGGAAGUAGACCGGCGAUUUGUUCUGGACAUCCUUGGAAAGUGA